AUGGCCCUCUCCCUUCACCCAGAUAAGAACAAAUCAGUUGGUGCGGAUGGGGCAUUUCAAAUACUGUCACAGGCAUGGAGUGUACUAUCCGACAAAGAGAGCAGAAAUGGUUAUAAUCUGAAGAUAAACAUACUACCUCGGAAUCAAAGGGGUAGUGCUGCUUCAACUAGUGCUCAACAUAUGGCUUUCUCGACUUCUACUGAUCCAUCACGUUUUCCUCCGAGACCAACAGCAAGAUCUGUACCGCCGAGGUUUCCUGCAGUCGGAGUACCUAAUCCAUCCCCGCCUCCUAUGAAUGAUAAUAUGUCUUCAACAGGGACAUCUGCACCCAAAUUUUUUUCUUCAAAUCCAGCUGCUCACUAUCAGAAUGCAGCAGACUCAGUGCAGUCCAUGUCGAGUGCUACCCAGACAAAACCAAACACAUUUUGGACAUCUUGCAUUUGGUGCAAGACACACUUUGAGUACCGAAACUUGUAUUUGAACAAGAAUCUGGAGUGUCCUCGGUGCAAACAGGCAUUCCAGGCAACGGAGAUUUCUGCUCCAUAUUUACAAGCUCAGAGCUCACACUAUUGGAGCAUCUCCCAUAACACCGAGGAUCUAACAACAUACUUGAACCGUCUAAGAAGUGUCUCAUCCAAAACAAGGGUGGAGGAAUCGAAGAAGUAG